CCGCCCCCUUGCCCGGGCCUUCCUGGGGCCACAAGCUGUGGAGGCGAUGGCAUCUCUAUACUUGUCCGAUGCCCCCUGCUCGUGCGACUGCUUUGUCUCCCUACCCCCGGCCUCCGCCAUCCCUGCGGUCAUCUUUGCCAAGAACUCAGACCGGCCCCGGGAUGAGGUGCAGGAGGUGGUGCUGGUCCCUUCUGGGACCCAUGCUCCAGGGAGCCGGCUCCAGUGCACAUACAUCGAGGUGGAUCAAGUGGAGAGGACCCAUGCAGUGAUCCUGAGCCGGCCAGCCUGGCUGUGGGGGGCUGAGAUGGGGGCCAAUGAACAUGGUGUCUGCAUUGGCAACGAGGCUGUAUGGACUCAAGAGCCAGUGGGUCAGGAAGAGGCCCUUCUUGGCAUGGACCUGCUCAGGCUAGGAUUAGAACGGGGCAGCUCGGCCCAGGAAGCCUUGACGGUCAUCACCAACUUGCUGGAGCAAUAUGGGCAAGGGGGCAGCUGUCGAGAGGACCCGACCCCCUUCUGCUACCACAACACCUUUCUGCUGGCUGACCGAAAAGAGGCCUGGGUGCUGGAAACAGCCGGGAAACUAUGGGCCGCACAGAGAAUCCGAGAGGGUGCCCGGAACAUCUCCAACCAACUGAGCAUCGGCACAGACAUCACCGCUGAACACCCGGAGCUGCGGGCCCAUGCCCAGAAACAGGGCUGGUGGGAUGGGCAAACUACCUUUGACUUUGCCCGUGUCUUCUCACUGGUCCAUCAGCCUGUGCGCAUGGAGGCUGCCAAGGCACGAUUCCAGGCUGGUCGGGAACUCCUGAUGAAGCAGCAGCAAGGUAGCAUCACAGCUAUGACAAUGAUGGGCAUCCUUCGGAAUAAGGAGAGUGGCAUCUGUAUGGAUUCUGGAGGCUUCCGAACUACAGCCAGCAUGGUGUCUGUCCUGCCCCGGGACCCCAACCAGCCCUGUGUCCAUUUCCUCACUGCCACACCAGACCCCUCCAGGUCAGUGUUCAAACCUUUUGUGUUUGGGGCUGAGGUGGCUCAGGCCCCCCAGGUGUUGUCCCCUACUUUUGGGAACAAAGAUCCUGUUCGGACUCACCCACGCUUUCAGACCCAGGUGGAUCGCCGACACCUACUCUACCGUGGGCACCAAGCAGCCCUGGGGAGCAUGGAGAGUGACCAGGAACAAGGACUGCAGCUCCAGAAGAAACAGCAGGAUCUGGAGCAGGAAGGACAGGAGGUUCUGAGGAAGCUACUGGCUGGGGAAAGGGCCCUCUCUCCCCAGCAGCUGGCCAGCCUCUUCCAGGCCUUUGUAGAAAAGGAGAGCCAAGUUUAUGGUCAACAACUGUAGCCCCUCCAGCGGAGUCUCUCCCUGGGGCCCAGAUUUCCUUGUUCAUCAGGCUGCGGGAGGUUGCAUUUUCUUCGUUUGCCAUGGACCUUGCCCUGACCUAACAGUUCUGCCUCAAUAAACUUGUUUUUCUUCUCCCUG